UAAAAAUUGUUGAUGAGUGGCACAAAAACCAAAAAGAUAUGAGAGAGGUCCAUCGUCACUGUAUGAAUCAAUAAACAGUGAUGCUGGAUUUUAUUUAUAUAUAAUAUAUAAAUUAGAUCUACUUCGAAAUUUACAAUUUCAACAUCAAAAGCUUCAUUCUUGAAUUCCAUUAAAAGUUCAUAAAAAAAGUUUUACAUGGCGUCCUUGGCAACAGCAGAAGUGUGUGAUGUGAAUGCAGGGCAUCUGUCAAAUGGUGAUCUACGAGUUUUGCCACCAGUUUUCAAGAUAUAUGGUCAAUGCCGCGCUUUUUCAGGCCCCAUUACCACCCUUAAGGUAUUCGAGGACAAUGUGUUGGUUAGGGAGCUACUCGAAACUAGAGGUGAAGGAAGAGUUCUUGUGAUAGAUGGUGGAGGGAGUAUGCGAUGUGCUUUAGUCGGAGGAAACUUGGGACAACUAGCCCAGAAUAUGGGCUGGGCAGGUAUUUUAGUUAAUGGAUGUAUUCGUGAUGUAGAUGAGAUUAACGGUUGUGAUAUAGGUGUUCGUGCAUUGGCAUCACACCCUCAGAAAUCAAACAAGAAAGGACAGGGCGAAAAGCAUGUUCCUAUUUACAUUGGAGGCAUGAUGAUUCGCGAAGGAGAGUGGUUAUAUGCAGAUAGUGAUGGCAUUCUCGUAUCAAAAACUGAAUUAUCGAUCUAAUUUUGAGAACCAUGAAGUUAUCUGCACCAUCUCUGUGUGUGUCUUUUAGAUUUGUGAUCAAAGGGAGUCAAAAAAUUCUUGGACUGUGUUGUGUUUGUUUGAAAAGAUGUAUUUGUUAUAUUCAGUACAAUGUAAUAAGGAUGUACCAGUUACUAUUUUCAUGACUCUCUUGUGCUUUUGUACCAAAUAAAAGAACCUAUUUUUUUAUUGUUUCGAGGGUAAA